AUGGAAUUUGUAUUUUCAUUACCAUUUACAAUUUUAGAAAUUCCAAAUUUUAAAAUAAGAAAGCCGGCAUGGGUUCAAAGACCUUCAGCGAUGACUACCUUUGCUUUCGUAUUAUUAUCUUAUUUUCUCGUCACCGGAGGUAUCAUAUACGAUGUGAUUAUUGAACCACCGAGUGUAGGUUCCACUACCGAUGAACAUGGGCAUUCGCGGCCGGUUGCUUUUAUGCCAUAUAGAGUCAACGCCCAAUACAUCGUUGAAGGAUUAGCGUCCAGUUUCUUGUUUUCCAUGGGAGGACUCGGCUUUAUCGUGCUAGAUCGCACAAAUGCUAUGGAUCCUAAAAGUACGCCGAAACUGAAUCGUAUUUUGUUGCUAGCUGUUGGUUUCGUUUGUGUCAUCAUCUCUUUCAUUACGUGCUUGAUAUUUAUGAGGAUGAAACUGCCGGGUUAUUUGAGAUAGAUUUUCGUAUCUUUCGCCAUUUCUACUUCUUUCAACCAAUGAUCAACUCCAACAUAGAAACGUUUCCAUAAUGAAAAUAAAAGAACAAACUAUAUCUACUUAUAAUCGUGUAUUUUUGUGAUCAACUUCCAAUCGUUUUGUAAAAAAAUAGAAGCAAAUAAAUUGUAAAUUACUUAUUCAAUAAAUUAUUAUAUAAAAUAAAAAA